AUGCAGAGCGGUGCCGGAGCCACGCGCUUAUCCGCGCUCCAUCCGUGCAGGUCGCUGCGUGCCGGGCCCGGAGCGGUGCCCGCGCUGGAGCCGCCGCCGCUGCAGCCCUCGGUGCCCGCCGCCCCCCCGGGCGCUGGCAGGCGGGCGCCGCGGCCGCCGCCGAAGGGCACCGCUCUGCCCCUCGGCCUCAACGUGGUCAAGAUCCACUGCCAGAACGAGGCCGUCUACCAGUACCACGUGGCCUUCAGCCCCUGCGUGGAGUGCAAGAGCAUGCGGCUCGCCAUGCUGAAGGAGCACCAGGCCGUGACGGGGGACGUCACCGCCUUCGACGGCGCCAUCCUCUACCUGCCCGUGCGGCUGCCGCAGCCGGUGGCGCUGAGCUCCCGCCGGAGGACGGACGGGCAGGACAUCAGCAUCAGCAUCCAGCUCACCAAGGUGCUGGAGCCCAGCUCCGACCUGUGCGUGCCCUUCUACAACGUGGUGUUCCGCAGGGUGAUGAGGAUCCUGGAUAUGAAGCUGGUCGGCAGGAACUUCUUUGACCCCACCAAGGCGGCCGUGCUGCAGCAUUACAGGCUCCAGGUGUGGCCCGGCUACGCCGUGAGCAUCCGCAGGAGGGACGGCGGCCUCCUGCUCUCCGUCGAUGUGGUGCACAAAGUGAUCCGGAGCGACUCCGUGCUCAACUUCAUGCACGCCAUCUACCAGCAGAGCGCCAGCAGCUUCCAGGACGAGUGCACCAAGCAGCUGGUGGGCAGCGUGGUCAUCACGCGCUACAACAACCACACGUACCAGAUCGACGACAUCGACUGGAACAAGACCCCCAAGGACACCUUCACCCUGGCCAGCGGCGAGGAGAUCUCCUUCGUGGACUACUACAGCAAAACGUAUGGGAUCACGGUGAGGGAGCUGGACCAGCCGCUGCUCAUCCAUAGGCGCAAGGAGAGCCUGACGCAGGAGGGGAAGCACCAGCUCAACAUGAUCCUGCUCGUGCCGGAGCUCUCCUUCAUGACCGGGAUCCCGGAGAAGAUGAGGAAGGACAACCGCGCGAUGAAGGACCUCAUGUACGAGAUGUCGCACAGCCCCAAGCAGCACUACCUGCGCCUGUGCAGCCUCCUGCGGCGCGUGGAGGAGACGCCGGAGGCCGCGCGGGAGCUCACGCGCUGGGGCCUCCGCCUGGACAAGGACAUCUGCAGGACGCAGGGCCGCGUGCUGCCCAUGGAGAGGAUCAACCUGCGGCACAGCACCUUCGCGCCCGCCGACGACCUCAGCUGGAACAAGGAGGUGGUGCGGGAGGCCUGCAUCUCCGCGGUCGCCCUGCAUUACUGGGUGCUCUUCUACCCGAAGCGCCUGCAGGAGCUGGCCAGGGAGCUGGUGGCCACCAUGGAGAAGGUGUGCGGGCCCCUGGGCAUGCAGCUCAACCCGCCCGCCUGGGUGGAGCUCAAGGACGACCGCGUGGAGACCUACGCCAAGACCAUGCGCAGCGUGUUGGCCAGCGAGCAGAAGGUGCAGCUGGUGCUGUGCAUCACGCCGGGCGGCCGCGAGGACCUGUACGGGGCCAUCAAGAAGCUGUGCUGCGUGCAGGCGCCCGUGCCCUCGCAGGUCAUCAACACGCAGUCGCUCAUGGGCCAGGCCAGCAAGCUGCGCAGCGUGGCGCAGAAGGUCCUGCUGCAGAUGAACUGCAAGCUGGGCGGGGAGCUGUGGGGCAUCGACGUGCCCUUGAAGCACCUCAUGGUGGUCGGCAUGGACGUGUACCACAACCACAGCCGCGCCAUGCGCUCCGUCAUCGGCUUCGUCGCCAGCACCAACCAGGUGCUCACCAAGUGGUACUCGAGGGUGGUGUUCCAGAUGCCGCACCAGGAGAUCGCCGACAGCCUGCGCCUCUGCCUGGCCGAUGCCCUGCAGCGCUUCCACGAGGUGAACCACUGCCUGCCCAAGAAGAUCGUCAUCUACCGGGACGGCGUGUCGGACACGCAGCUCGACACGGUGGUCAAGUACGAGAUCCCGCAGCUGCUCAAGUGCUUCGAGACCUUCGCCGACUACCAGCCCAGCAUGGCGGUCGUGGUGGUGCAGAAGCAGAUCAGCACCAACUUCUACACGAGCGCCGCGGAGAACUUGGUGUCGCCGCCGCCGGGCACGGUCGUCGACCACACGGUGACCAGCUCGGAGUGGGAGGAUUUCUUCCUGCUGGCCCAUAGCUCCCGCCAGGGCUGCAGCGUCCCCACGCGCUACAUCUGCGUGCUGAACACGGCCAGCCUCAGCUCCGAGCACCUGCAGAGGCUCACGUUCAAGCUGUGCCACAUGUACUGGAACUGGCCGGGCACCAUCCGCGCGCCCGCGCCCUGCAAGUACGCGCACAAGCUGGCCUUCCUCUCGGGCCAGGUGCUGCACCACGAGCCCGCCAGCCCGCUCUGCGACAAGCUCUUCUUCCUAUAGCCGCCGGGAGCCCGCGCUCGGCCUCCAGCCCGGCGCUCUGCGCUCCCCCGUUCCCGGCCGGCCCUUCCCCGGGCACGUCCUUCUCCGCGCGCUGCUCCGGCCUCCUCCCUUGCCACAUUCCGGUUUUCCUUUCCUUUUGCUGAGCUCUCGUUUCACAGAGCCGCUUCACCGUUUGUCACGUGCUUAGAGGCACCAGGUUUAUGAGGAGAAGACUUCUGUUUUUCU